AUGGAAGGUGAUUCUUUGAAACAAUUCUUUGUCGAGGUAUCUAAGGGGGACCUUUCCCUUUUAAACGUUAUACUGGAGCAGAAUGGUACGCUGAUAGCUCGACUACAAUUGGUGCUCCAAAAAUAUGACUCCGAUGAAGACAUAGAGGCGCUUGUAGAAAAGCAAAAGUUACAUGGUGGUUCCUGGACGAGAUUUAAUAUAUUAAUGACUAGCUUCUUAAAGCUUUGCAGAGACCUAAACCCAUGGUCUUUGUGGGAAAGUUCGGACCUGAUCUACACAUACUACCAAGACUUGACCAACUGCCUAUUGAAUGACUCCUUUCCUGUCGAUAAUCUCGUAACACUAUUCCAAACAACAACAGAAUACAUUGUUCCACUUUCCAGACAGCUAGACGCAAAUUAUCUUGCCCUAGGCACUCGCCAGCAUCAAUUCCUUGCGCAUGUUUCUUCAAUUAUAACGAAGCUAUUUAACAGCAUAAAGCCUCGCUUCGAGGAGCCUGCCGUUAGCUUCGAAAGUCUUCCGCGGAAACAGCAGAUUUUAUUGUACACUGCUAACAAAUUGAACAACAUCUACAUGCGCAUAGACUCGUCUUCCUCGUGCGCUAAUAUUUUCAAAAAUGUUAAACCAAAAUCUGCUAUCCAGCAUUUCUCACAGUUUCCAUUGCGUGAGCAAGUGGAGUACCGUUAUCUGCUAGGACGUUAUUAUCUUCUCAACCAUCGCGUGUCCAACGCAUUUCAUCAGUUAAACAGCGCGUUUGGCAUGCUGAUUACGACUUACAGGAGCAAAGAGUGUCCGCCUGCAGUUCAAAGAAACUUACAAAGAAUUCUCAAGUACUUGCUACCAGCUGGCAUUCUUUUUGGCAAAAUGCCAUCUAUCCAGUUCUGCGCACAACUAAGUCAGAAUCUUGCUUCUAGCUAUCAGCAGUUAGCAACUGCAGUCAAAACUGGAAAUUUCGCUAGCUUUCAUAAUUGGUUAAACGAAAACGAGGCCGUGCUGAGGCGGCAAAACCUACUUAUACUACUGCUAGAGAAAGUUCCUCUUCUGAUCUAUCGCAACCUGGUACGGCGUGUGGUAAUUGACUUCUGCUUCCCUCAAACUCUGAACAAGAUAUCUUAUGAAAUUCUAGAACACGCGCUUGCUAUGUCAUUGGGCAAUCCGCCGCUUUCUAAGCCGAUCUAUACCGCUAUAAAUGUGCCGGAGGACAUUCCCAACGUACUCGAGACCCUUGUAAAUCUCACGUUGCUGAAGGCGAACUGCUUUCCACUUAGCAAACAGUGUGUUUUUCCCAAGACACAGAACAUUAACGAUAUCUUUCCUGAAGUUAACAGGAGGCUCGUUGCCCUCUAUCCGCUUAACGCAGAAGAUGCGUGGCUAGACGAUUAG